GAGGGCCGGUGGGCGCCAGCGGCGGUCGGCGGGACCCACGGAGCCCCGCGACCCGCCGAGCCUGGAGCCGAGCCGGGGCGGGGAAGCCGGCUCCAACCCGGAGCAAACUUCCCAGCCCGGCGGGGGGUGGCGGGGACCCCGUCCGGAGCCGGAGGAGGGGGCGGCCGCGGGGCCUCCCGCUCCUGCGCCCGCGUCUCCGGGCACCAUGCUGUCCAACUCCCAAGGCCAGACCCCGCCGGUGCUGUUCCCCAACCCGCCGCUGCCGCCGCCGUCCCCCGCCCCGGCCCAGCCGCACCUCCUGGCCCAGCCGCCGCUGCAGCCCCCGCAGCAGUUCCCCCAGUUCCACGUCAAGUCGAGCCUGCAGAUCAAGAAGAACGCCAUCACCGACGACUACAAGGUCACCGCCCAGGUCCUGGGACUGGGCAUCAACGGGAAAGUUUUGCAGAUUUUCAACAAGCGGACCCAGGAGAAAUUCGCCCUAAAAAUGCUCCAGGACUGCCCGAAGGCACGCAGAGAGGUAGAGCUGCACUGGCGGGCCUCCCAGUGCCCACACAUUGUCCGCAUCGUGGACGUCUAUGAGAAUCUGUACGCGGGGAGGAAGUGCCUGCUGAUCGUCAUGGAGUGUUUGGAUGGUGGAGAGCUCUUUAGCCGCAUCCAGGACCGAGGAGACCAAGCAUUCACAGAAAGAGAAGCGUCAGAAAUCAUGAAGAGCAUCGGCGAGGCCAUCCAAUAUUUGCACUCAAUUAACAUUGCUCACCGUGAUGUCAAGCCAGAGAAUCUCUUGUACACCUCCAAAAGGCCCAAUGCCAUUCUGAAGCUCACUGAUUUUGGCUUUGCCAAGGAAACCACCAGCCACAACUCUUUGACCACUCCUUGUUAUACGCCGUACUAUGUGGCUCCAGAAGUGCUGGGCCCAGAGAAGUAUGACAAGUCCUGUGACAUGUGGUCCUUGGGUGUCAUCAUGUACAUCCUGCUGUGUGGGUACCCCCCUUUCUAUUCCAACCACGGCCUUGCCAUCUCUCCGGGCAUGAAGAAUCGCAUCCGAAUGGGCCAGUAUGAAUUCCCCAACCCAGAAUGGUCAGAAGUAUCAGAGGAAGUGAAGAUGCUCAUCCGGAACCUGCUGAAAACAGAGCCCACUCAGAGGAUGACCAUCAUGGAGUUUAUGAACCACCCCUGGAUCAUGCAAUCAACAAAGGUCCCUCAAACCCCACUGCACACCAGCCGGGUCCUGAAGGAGGACAAGGAGCGGUGGGAGGAUGUCAAGGAAGAGAUGACCAGUGCCUUGGCCACAAUGCGUGUCGACUACGAGCAAAUCAAGAUAAAAAAGAUUGAAGACGCGUCCAACCCUCUGCUUCUGAAGAGGCGGAAGAAGGCGCGGGCCCUGGAGGCCGCGGCCCUUGCUCACUGAGCCGCUGCCCCGCUGGAGGAAAAGCAAUAACUCUCUACAUGAAUAUAUUUUUUAAAAGAAGAGACACAGAACUGUUCACUUAUGCCUCCCUUCCUCCUCUGCUGCAUGGAGCCCAGAAUCUUGUCAGUGGCUGAAUUCUGACCUUCUGGCCGUCACCUGCCAUGGUUCUGGCCAACCCGGAGACCCUAGGCUGGGAGGCUGGAGGGGGUGAGGAGAGAAGGGAGCAAGAUGCUCUUGAACCUGUGCUCAUUUUGCAGUUUUAUCAGUAAUUUGACUUAGAAUUUUUAUGAAACCUCUUUUAUUGUCCUUUCCCCCACUCGUCUUCCUUUCCCCAAGACCCCGUCCCUGGAUACUGCAAGGGUUUGGGGUUUGUUAAAGGGUAUUUGUGGAAACCAUUAGAGGGCGUGUCCCUGUGUUGUCCCAUCUACCCUCCCUGUUUCCCCACUACAGCCUGAGGGCCCUGCUGGCUGAGGCAUAUGGGGCUUAAGGCCGUGGAGGGCUGGGGCCAGAAUGCCACCCACCUCCACCUGCAGCCCUCAGACAUCACCAGUGUGCCAGGCGGAUAGGAGAAAGUGUGUGUGUGUGCGUGUGUGUGUGUGUGUGUGCGUGUGCGUGCCCACGCACAUGUGCCUGGAUCUGUGCCUGGGACCGUGCGUUUGAGGGGCCAGGGGCAGGCAGGGCUGCAGAAGGGGCCCUGCUUUGGCUCAAGAACCUUCUCCCUCCAUGGGCCUGCCCCGCCCAUGUUGGGUCCACAGAAGUGCCUGGGAAGCUUCUCUAGGUUUGGGGCCAGGCCCUGUACGUGUGGCCUGGGUCUCUUAGCUGGGUUCCGGUGGUGGAGAGGAAUGAGUAGGCACUGGCACAGUGACUGGGAAGACUGGACCCCGGGGCCCCCUUUGCCCCAUUCAGUGAUGGUCCUGGGUCCCCUGAGGCACUGAUCUACUGGAUAACCUCUGCACCCACUUCCUGCUGUGAUAAGCCCAUUGCUGAUUUUUCUUAAAUUUUUAGCCAUUUCUCAGUGGGCUGCCUCUCAGUUCACUUGGGUGAGCCAGGGCAAUUUAUGGUGACAAAGUUUUUAUGUUCAUGCGUCUCUUCUGGGCUUGGGGGCCUGGACAAGCUGUGCCUCUUGGACAAAGGCUGAUCCACAUUUGUGGUCCCCUUAAGUUUCCAUUGUGUGGCUUAGUGGGCUGGGGGAAGUCUUCUCACCAAAGAUGUCCUGACUCUGCCCCCUUUCCCAGAGCUACUUCACCCCGCUCAGACAAACAGCUCUGUGUCAUCAUGUCCAGUCCAGCAAGGGGGGUAGCCUGGGGCGCCUCCCCAGUGUUAAUGGGAACAGCCUGGGGAGAGGCAACCUGUGCCAGUGCCCCCGCUUCCUCUGGCGGGAGGGACGGCAGUAAUCCCCCAGCUUUCAUGUCCCCCAGGGGCGGGGUGGUAGGGGCACCCAGGGUUCCCUCAGUAUGGGGGGGCUUAGUGCCAGCAGCACCUCCCUCUCCUCUGAUGCUGUGUCCAGCACUCAGAUUGUUGUAAACUGUUGUUGUUUUGUAUGAUCGGAAUUGUCUUUACUAAACAGAUUUAAUAGUUGAA